CGAGUGGGCUUCUCAGUGCAGUGGCUUCUCGUUGUGGAGCACGGGGUUUAGGCCUCAUGAUUUUUGGGUUUGCUGAAUUUCAACAUAAACUGAAUUAAGAGAUUCAUCAGCACUCUUAUGAAAAAGUUAGGCCAUAGAUUUGGGAGUGAGACCCUGAAAAUUUACAAGGGGGUAUACAGUUGGAUAGAUUUAGGACACCCUGACCCCCAGCCACAGUGAACCUCUCUUGCUAACAGAAACAGCGCCUCCUCCCAUUUGAUAAGGCUGGUCUCUCUGCCUUAGAGACACUGUAAUGACUUCAUGUGAGUAAAUUACAUAAUAAGGGCACACCAAUUCUCUGCCUAUACCACCCCAGUCUUCACUGCUUCUAGACCUAAUAACUAGUGUAAGAUCCCAGCAUGUUCUAGGACAGGGGCAAAGUAUAACCCAGGGUAGAAGGCUUCCCUACAAAAAGAACUGCAAGAUUUUGCUGAUCUACGUUGGAACAAACAAGGGGUAUAUGUAUACGAUUGGAUUUGAGGGAUUCUUGAUUGGGUAGGGCUGGGACCAAAUUUAUGAAGAGCACACUUGCUAGAAAUUUGGAAUUCAGUUUGGUGGUUCAGGCAAGUAGGAAUGAUUCUAUGGAUACCUGUUUAUUGGGUUAUCUUAAACCUGAAUGCAGUAGUGGACUGUACAAAAGGAAGUUGAUUUGCUAGAAAUUUCCUGGCUUAAUGUUGAGAGAGAAAUGCAGAGAGAGAGAGAGAGAGAGAGAGAGAGAGAGAUUUAGAUAACCCCCUCAAGAAGACAUUGAAAAUAAAUUGUGAGAGGAACACCUACAUCCUCAAAAACAUUGUAACUGGCAAUCCUCUUUUGGCUGGGGAAAAGUGGGAAGUACUGAAACUCAAACAUUAGUAUUGUUGUUUUUCCCCCUGACUUCGACAGGAAUAAUGAAACCCAGAGAGGCGGAGGCCUGGUAGAAGCACUUAAGCAACAAAGACAAAUGGACAUCAGGGACAUAGAGCUAAUAAGAAUGGAUUGACCCACAGGUAUCUUUGCUGGAUGCUCAUUUUAAAAGGUAUCCCCAUGAUGGAAAGAGCAUGGCAGCCAGGUCCUUUGUCCAACCCACUUCAUCUGCAGUCCCCCUACCUCCAAGUCUAGGUCUGGUGAAUGAGCUCUGCCUUGAGGAACUAUUAUGGAGAAUUAAGGCUCCUCAGCAAAUUCCUAGACUGCUCAUCCUCCCCAGCUCCAGGCCAGGUACCACAUCAAGAAGGGCAGGGGUGUCAGGAAGCACCUGCCUUUAAGUUGUUGUUGUUGACUCGCUAAGUGAUGUCCAACUCCUUGUGACCCCAUGGACUACAGCAUGACAGGCCUCCCUUCCUCACUAUCUCCCAGAGUUCGCCCAAGUUCAUGUCCCUUGAAUCGGUGAUGCCAUCCAAGCAUCCAUCCUCUGUUGCCCUCCUCUCCUUUUGUCAUCAAUCUUUCCCAGCAUCAGGGUCUUUUCCAGCGAGUCAGUUGUUUACAUCAGGUGGCCGAAGUAUUGGACCUUCAGCUUCAGCAGCAGCCCUUCCAAUGAGUGUUCAGUGUUGAUUUCCCUUAGAAUUGACUGGUUUGACCUCCUUGUUGUCCAGGGGACUCUCAAGAGUCUUCUCCAGCACCACAAUUCAAAAACAUUAAAUUGGCAGGCCCCUAGCAAGGACAGUCUCCUCAGAUGGACUCUAGCCCUUCGGUCUUGGGCUGAUUUCUGGGUGGAGACAAUCUAGCCUGAGGAUCUGAGAGCGAGAGUGUGACUUUGCGCUCUCAGGCCGGCUUGAAGCGCAGUGAUGCGCCGUGGUCCCCAUGCCGCUACUCACCUGCCGGCCGCGAGGGGGCGCCGCAGAGCGCUGAGGCUGUCACGGAGCCCAUGGCGUCCCCGGGCGGCCUCCACAGCCUCCUAGUCUGGCUUCUGCUCCUUCAACCCUGGCUCACGGAGGCCUCGGAGGACGGGUCGGCGACGCCCUUGCCCCCUCCAGCUACCUCGGGAGGUGGCAUGAAGAACCCCACGGCGGUCCAGCCACCCCCCGGAGGCACUUCAGAAGUCCCCAAGCUGGCGGAGUUUAGCUUAGCGUGCGGUCGAGUGUUCCUGAAAAUCUUGGGAGGACAGGACAGCGAGGAAGGGAAAUGGCCCUGGCAAGUGAGCCUGAGGGUCCGUGACAGACAUGUGUGCGGAGCUUCCCUCGUCACAGAGAAGUGGGUGCUGACUGCGGCCCACUGCAUGCUAAGCCGUCGCCAGUACAGUGUCAUGAUGGGAGAUCGGGAUCUCCAGGGUGUAGUUUCAGGGUUGGUGGUCCCUGUCAGCCACUUCGUCAUUCACCCUCAGUUCUCAACAAGUGGAACCAUUAAAAAUGACAUUGCUCUUCUCCGGCUCCGCUACCCUGUAAAUUUCACUGGCCUUAUCCAGCCUAUAUGCAUCCCUGAGAAGACUUUCCGUGUGCAAGCUGGGACCAGGUGCUGGGUGACCGGAUGGGGAAGGAAGCAAGAAUUUGGCCCACUUGUGUCAGAAGUUCUCCAGGAGGUCGACCAAUAUAUCAUGUACUAUGAAGAAUGUAAUGGGCUGCUACAGAAGGCCCUACAAACAAACAAGGAUGUAGCACAAGAAGGAGUGAUCUGUGGCUAUAAUAGUAUAGGAAUGGAUUCUUGUCAGGGAGAUUCUGGGGGCCCUCUGGUCUGUCAAUUCAAUACCACAUGGGUCCAGGUAGGGAUUGUGAGCUGGGGCGUUGGCUGUGGUCGUAACAAUACGCCUGGAGUUUAUACGGAGACUGCCCUCUACUCUAAUUGGUUAGUUGCAGUGGUGAACAAGGCUGCCUCUUUGUAUCCAGUGGUGCUCCUCUUCCUAUUGCUGUGUGUGGUGUCCGUGGACCUCCUGGUGACCCUGUGAUCACCCUGGUUCACACUCCCCACUGUUUCUGAGUCUUACACCUAGCCCUGCCUCUGACCUCCCACUCCUACUUUAGUGCCAAUUCCUGAAUUCCAGUUGGUAUCCAGUGAUCUUGUGGAGAUCCACAUGACAGAGAGCUGGAGCAUGAAGCCCUGGAAGUUUCCUGCCUGGUGCUUCAGGAGCAUGCCUCAUCCAUGUCUACAGCUUGGCCGUGCUCUGCUUGGCAGGAAGGAGUGGGUGAAAGCAUCCCAGCUGGAUGGAUAGCGACCUGCCGGGUGGACACGAUGCUUCAUCCACAUCAUGGGGAACAUCUGGCAAAGAAGAGACGUCAUCACCAAUGAAGCAGUGUUAGAUAUGACACUUUUAUCAAACCAGCCUGUGUGGUGAUUGUUGGGAGAGAGCGAGGAGGCCUUGCCAUGUCCACAUCUGACUCAGUUAUCUGGGUUCAGGAAAGGUCCCCUGCUUCCCAGUGUAGAUCCACCUGUGAGUAUCUGCCUCUGCCACACAAGCCCUCCGGGGUCAACUCAGUCUUGAAACCCUCUUCCCAGCGCUCCAGUGGCCACAUCCAGGCUCACCCCAAGUUGUGUUGAAGCAUUACGGAGUAUGGAGAUUUCUGAUGUCAACCCAAUAAAUGUU